CUUCUGAUGAGGUAUGGUGUUUCUCUGAGAGAGGCUUUUUGUGUAGGGCUGAGGUGGGGCUUACUGUGUAGGUGGAUGUGGCUGUUCUGCAAAUCUCUAAUUUCGAUAGAGCACCUUGACCUAAUUCCUCAGCCUUCAAAUAAGGUGCUGAACCCAAGUGCUUUGAGGUGUGCACCUAAUAGCCCCUUUGACUUCAAUGAGGUAGAUAAUGAAAUCCAAGUAUUUAUAGGAGAUGGAUCUUCUAUAGUGACCAGCUAUGUAGUAUAAAAUGAAGAGUUUUUCUGGGUCACUGGGGUUACAUCUCUUGCUCUUAACUAUCUGAAGGCCUUGCAAGUAUGAAGACUGCUUCCUUUCCAUCCUAGAGGCUUGGCAGCAGAAUUACUCAUUAUGGAGGGCCUGAGUGGGAAGGGCUCUGAGGAUGUCAGAGUUUAAUAAUUGUCAUCAAAGAUGUGCAAGACAAUGGAGGGAAGAGUGGGACCUCUGCCAGAGGUGUCAGUCAGAGAAGGUGGGUCAUUGAUGCCUUCUAUCAAAAUGACAACUCCCAGUAGGCGUUCCUCAUCAGAGGCUGCUUGGGAGCACUGGAAAAGUAGUCAGUUUUGUUCUGAUGGUGUGAUCAGGAGCUGGCAUUGUAUCCAUGGCACCCUCCCUACUAUACUGCUGUAUGGCCUGCUGGUGGGAAAUGCACUGUGCAAAGACAGGCUCUGCUGGCAUGGGAGGAGUCCUGCAGAAGUUGGGAGCUGUCAGGAAAGUUCUGACAGCUUGUGCUUUUCUGAUUUGGUAACCAGCUGCUCCCUGGCUUGUUUAGCUGUGCUGUGAGGGUAGCAGGCCUUUACAUGCUGUUUUGUGGUGAUGUGAGACGUGUGUGCUUCUCAUAUAUUGGUUUGCUUGUAUUUUCAUUACUUUCCUUGUUUCAGAAAGCAGAUUACAAGAAUUACUUUUGUUUCAGCAAAACACACCCUUAAUCUACCCUAAUUUAAAGUUGCUAUAGGGUAUUUCCUGCAUUAGUCUUACCUAAAUAUUACUGUCUAAAAAUUAGGUGUCUAGCCUAUAAGUAGAUAGCUUGCCUCUAGACUCCACUGCCAGUGGGGGGAGAGAGAGAGUUAAUCCAGCUAGCCUGUUUUAUACAGACUUGAUCGUCUCUGAACUAGCUCAUGCUUCCCCCAUUUAUGAAAGGAUUUGGUGGCCUCAUCAUUGAUAGUUAACAGAUUCCUGAGCCUUACCAUGCCACACCUUUGCCAUGUGUACUGACUGAGAAUGUCUUCUGUCCAACACUGCAACACUCCACAAGAAAUCAAGUGUCCCUGCUAAAGGUAGACUUAAGAGGUCAUUUGCUGCCUGUGUCAUCUCAGGGAGCGGUAGCAAGGAGGGAUUUGAAUCUGUAAGCAUUUCUUCUUGUCUGUAAUCCAGGUGUGUGCACAUUUAAAGUGUUUUCCAGGUUCUGGGCUCAUUACUGUCUUCAUGGGGAAAUUUUACACCGCAACUGUUUUGUCCCUAGACACAAAAGGAACGAGUUCUCUGUAACAUACAGUGACACAUUUUGCUAGAGGGAUAGAAGUGAAUGUUUUACGGACAAAAAGACCCCGUUAAACAACAUCCAUCUUCCUCUUUGCAAAAUGGGCAGUUUUUAUUAAGUUAUUUCUGUGAAUGCCCCUGCUAUAAUGCAUUUUCUUUUGCAUUUAGACUUGUUCAGUACCUCUUCAUUAGUGCUGUUAGAUCCUUAGGAAGAGCAAUCCAUUGUACUAACUGGCUGGGAUGCCAGACACAGAAGCUGUCACGGAGUGAAACUCAAUUGGUCACUGCCUGCCUUCUAGGAGUGGGAUUCACCAGGAAUGCUGGGAAGAUGAAGCACACACUGGUGGCUGUGCUUUUCCUCAUGCAGGGCGUGAGUUCUCUGGCUGAGACGACAGCAGCAACAGGAGUGACUGGUCAUCUCAGUACGAUGCUUCCAUAUCUGACUCAGCCUGGGAAUACGAAUGGCAAAUUGCUCCCUUCCCCAAAGCUCUUUGCCAAUGUGUCCGGCUCUGUGAAUGAUGAGGGAACUUGUCAGUGCUCUGUGUACUUGCCAGAUACCACCUUUCCAGUGCAGAAGGCUGAGCAACUGGAAAUUAUAGCCACAACGCUCUCGGAGAAGUUUGAGGCAGAGCUUUCUAAAGUUAGAGAGUACUCAAAAAGAAUUGAACUGUAUCAACAGCAAAUCCUCAAUCUAACCAUCAGAGUGCAGCAAGUGGAGUCAGGCAGUGUAUCUUACACGGAGCUGGACUUCCAGUUACUGAAAGUGGAAAUCAGUGACCUGGAGAGGCUGGUCGCUCAGCUGAAACCCAGCCUUGUUGGAAGCAAUGCCAUCGUUGAGCAAAUAUAUUUGGAGAUUACCAAUCUGACUAUACUGGUAAAUGAACUAGAGUCACUGGACAAAAACAAUGUCCUCGCAAUUCGUCGACAAAUUGUGUCCCUGCAGAAUCGGUUGAAAGAGUGUGAAGAGAACGCAACCAGAACUACACCACCUCCUUAUUUCCCACCAGGUACCUGCGUUCACCGUGGACCGAUGAAUGUUAGCCAGCCUUAUGUUGCCAAGCUGAACUGGAGAGGAUUUUCCUACAAAUAUGGUUCCUGGGGUAGAGAUUAUGAUCCCUCUAACCCAGAGAAUGACGUCUAUUGGGUUGCACCAUUGAACACUGAUGGUAGAUACUUAGAAUACUUUAGAAUUUAUAAUUCCUUUGAUGAUUUGCUGCUGUUUAAAUACACGUAUGAAAGGAGAAUAACAUAUGGGGAAGGAAGUGGUGCUGCCCUUUAUAAAAAUUAUUUGUACUAUCAUCGUUAUGGUUCCAGAUAUAUGGUGAAGCACAAUAUAAACACAAACACGGAGGUUUUGAGGAAGGAGCUUCCAAAUGCUGCUAUUGGUAACCGCUUCUCUUAUGCAGGCGUAGCAUGGCAGGACAUAGAUUUUGCUGUGGAUGAAAGUGGGUUAUGGGUAAUAUAUUCAACUGAAAAUAACGUGGGCAACAUUGUGAUUAGCAAGCUCAAUGAGACCACACUUGAUGUGCUAAAUACUUGGCAGACGAGACAGUACAAGCCAUCUGUUUCCAAUGCUUUCAUAGUAUGUGGUGUUCUUUACGCCACAAGGCCGUUGAACACUAAGAAAGAGGAGAUCUUCUACAUGUAUGACACAAGUACUGGCCGAGAAAACAGAGUGAGUAUCAUCAUGGAUAAAAAGUUAGAUACAAUCCAGAGUAUUGAUUACAGCCCCAUAGAUCAGAAACUGUACGUUUACAGUGAUAGUUACCUUGUAAGAUACGAUGUGACUUUUCAGCCUUAGUACCUCAGGGACAUUCGCAUAUGACAAAACUGGCAGCAGCCAAUAUGAGAGAUCCAAUGGACCUUUAGACAAUGCUACUGUCAGUUCAGAGUUCAUCUAGUCUCGUGACCUUUAUGUGGGGGUGUCUUACAGGUACUUAUACUCUUUAAAGGAAUUGCCCACUCUGACCACUAAUAUUGCUGGCAGCAGUUGGCAUUAUGGGGUUUUUUAGGUUUUUCUUGGUGUUUAUUGGUGCUCAGUGCUUUUCAAUUGUCCAUUUUCUGGGGGGUAGAUUCAGUGCUUUUUGUUUGCAGAAAUAGCUGGGUGCAGACUAUCUGGUGACUGAGUAGCUAAUUACCCAUUGAUUUGCAUUUGUCAGAGUAACACAAGCAAGGCACUCAGAAACAGAAUGAAUUUCCACUGAUCUUCAUCAGAGUGAAAUGAGGCCUCAGAGAAAUUAAUUCAAGGAUUAAAAUAGAUUAGGAAGUAGACUUGGUUGGAAGACAGCAAUCCAUUUGUUAGCUGGAAGCAGUGGUAUCUGGCUCGAAGCUUCAGGAGGGAGGGUAAAAAUGCACUUUGCUGUGUAGGUGCUACAGCAGGAAGGGAAGGCAUUGUGGAAGGGACAGGGCUCCCUGCCCUCGAUAGCCCUGAUGCAGUGGGACACUGGCCCCUGGCCCCCAACUCUAGCUGCCUCCAAGCAGUUCAACACUCUCCCAAGCUGCCACACUACCAGGCUGCCUUAUUGGAGUGCUUGUGGAGGCAAAAAUGGCAGUAUGGUUUUCAUCAAUGUUCCCUUCUGUCCCACUCUGCUUCCCUUAUUAAUUCUGUGUGUCUAAACCUGGCCCUACAAAUGGUCUUAAUAUAAUCUAGCCAUAUACUCAAUUUUCCUGCCAGUGCAGUGCAAAGAACGCUGUUUUCCUUUUCUUUAUGUUCUUCUAAGUUUAUGCAAAUCCUCCCAUUGAUUUUAUUGGCCACGAGUGGCGCUCAGUGUGUAUAAUGCACUGCCAUAGAAUAACAGACACGUUAUUUGAUGUGCCUCUUUUCAACAUUUUUGCCAUUCUGUAAUUAGAUUCCUGAGAGCCUCGUUAGUCUAGGCUACUAUUUGUUCCCUGGGUAAUUCUGUCUCACAGCAAGGUAAGAGGUCUUGUGGAAAACAUAAGUCUUUUCAAACUAGUUAAAUAUAUGAUAGAGUUUUCAUUUUCUUAAAUGGGUAUUGUGUGAUAGUUUCUGAAUAUGUGCACUGUAACAAUGUCUUAUUUUCAUCACAUCAGAAAGCAAGCUAAAACACUGAAAUUCAGAGCUUAGAAAUGACAAAGAAAGCGGUUCAUGUGAUUAAUUUUCUUCUGUUACAUAUGCAACUGUCUGUGUCCUCUGAUAAUCAAA